AGGGCCCGAGUGGUACCAGAUUGGAGGUUUUUGCCUCCACGUUAUUGAGGCGAUACGAUAACAUUUGCGUAUAUUUAUAUUAUUUCGAGGGUAGCUUUAGUCGUAAAGGGUAGGGCUUGCCUUGAUUCCAGAUCUUUCGCCAAGCCCAACAUGUUUUGCCGAGCUGCUGAUGGAAUAAACGUCGCAAGCGUCCUUUAUUUUGAAUGACUUUUUAAAAAAACAAAAAACAUUUUUCCGACGUUUUUUUUUUUACGAGCGAUUUUUUUUUAAUUUAGCAAUAAAUUCGUUCGAGGGCAAUUUUACAAAAAAAACGCCGCAUAAGUUAUUUUUGUACUUGAAAGCCAGAGGUUUUUUUUACCUUCAGCUCUGGCAUCGGCCGCAACUUUUCCGUGGCUGAGGUUUUGACGGAGGAGGAGGAGGAGCGGCAGCGGCAACAACAACAACAACAGAAGCAGCAGCUUCGUCUCGGCCCUCCAUCUUCUCUGGGAGGGCAGUCAAUAACAAUGGCGUGUAAGGUGGCCGCCCCAUUGCUGGAGCCGAGCGGUGACUUCCCGGCGUGGCUCGAGACGCAGGGCGUGAACGCGGAGGUGGCCCAGGCCAUGGACUCGGAGCUGGGCAUCCGGGACUACGGGGUCCUGCGUGCCUGCGUCGGGGACGGCCUCGUGCGUGCCGAGCUGCUGUCCACGGCGCGCGACCGCCUGCCCUUCGGCUUCUACGCCGUGCUGCGGCAGGUGGUGAAGGCCUUGCAGGGCGCCGAGCACCACCACGUUGGGACGCCGCGCUGGGACGCCGCCACCUCUCCCGGCGACGUCACGCUGGGGGGCCUGGUGGACGUGCUGCUGGCUCUGUUCAGCGGUUUGAGCCGAGAGCUGCUGGUGUCUAUGCAGAGGCUCGCCGAGUGGGAUGGAGUUAAAAAUCUUACAGCUUCAUCGGCAGCAGUUUCUGAGAGUCUUGAAGAUGAAACAACUGAAAUGAAUCAUAGUGUGCAGAAUGACAAAGCGGAAGAAAGUUCAACUCCAUUAAAAAAUGAUGCCAAAUCCAGCUUGACAUUGAACCGAAUCAAAAACGAGUCCUUUGAAGGUGAACGUAAUUUGAGCGGCCACUCUGAACUCGUCAUCCAAAAUGUGACUUCAUUGUCACCUUCGAGCAAAAGCCGUGCAUCCACAUCUCAUGCUGGGACCUGUCGGGAGUCACAGCCGGCGGCAGGUGAAAUGGAUGAUGAAGAAACAGCUGGUACCUCUGGAGUCAAGAGGACAUCCCAGCAGUUGACAGAGCAAUGCUUUUUUUUUACGGGCGACACUGCUAAGAAGAGUGUCUCCGUAUACCAAAGCGAGAAGCGCUCCAUCUUCGCUGAGGGAGAGUCACAUGAUUUUAAACUCAAGAAACCCGAUGCCUUAAAGAUGUCUCAGCCAGAAUGUACCGGAGAGAAGUCGCCGCUCAGCUGCGAGGUGUGCGGGCGUGUGUUCUCAAAGUCGAGCAGCUUAAAGGUCCACCUGCGCACGCACACGGGCGAGAAGCCGCACCGCUGUGACGUGUGCGGGCGCGGGUUUUCACGGGCCAGCUGCCUGAAGAUCCACCAGCACAUGCACACGGGCGAGAAGCCGUUCCGAUGCGAGGUCUGUGGCCGUGGUUUCUCUCGCUCCAGUGACCUGAAGAUGCAUCUGUACACGCACACGGGGGAGAAGCCGUACAGCUGCGAGGUGUGCGGCCACGGCUUCCUGCAGCCCAACGUUCUGAAGAUCCACCUGCGCACGCACACGGGCGAGAAGCCGUACAGCUGUGAGGUGUGCGGCCACGGCUUCUCGCGGCUCAACGUCCUGAAGAUCCACCAGCGCACGCACACGGGCGAGAAGCCGUACAGCUGCAAGAUCUGCGGGCGUGGGUUCUCGCAUCCGAACUACCUGAAGAAGCACUUGCCAAUGCACACGGGCGAGAAGCCACACAACUGCGAGGUGUGUGGCCGCGGGUUCUCGCACCUCAACUACCUGAAAAAGCACCUGCGAACGCACACGGGCGAGAAGCCGUACUGCUGCAAGGUGUGCGGGCGGAGCUUUUUACAUCCCAGCUACCUAAAGAGCCACCUCCGGAUGCACACGGGCGAGAAGCCGUUCAGCUGCACAAUCUGCGGACAGCGCUUCUCGCAAAGCUAUCACAUGAAGUCUCACGAGCAGACGCAGCAUGGCAUGGAUAAAUCGCAGCAAGAGAUGGAAACGACAGCACCGAGGGAGACAAAGGCGGCCGGGCGCGGUGUUGGCCACUCCACGUGCCGUGGCCGGGGCCCUUCGUGUGGGUUGCUAAUCGCUGACGGAACUUGCCCCGACAGUCUGCCGAGGCUACACGGCGUCUUUGUUUUCGUUUCUUUAGAAAGUCACGAAGGAAGUCGUUGCGGUGUUUUAGCCUGGCGUGGAUUGUACUUCUCGUCAUCAUCAUCAAUCACCUUGGGGCCGAUACAGAUGGCGUGUGCAGUGGCCACUCCGGUGCUGGAGCCGAGCGUGUACUUCCCGGCAUGGCUUGAGGCGCAGGGCGUGAACACGGAGGUGGCCCGGGCCAUGGACUCGGAGCUGGGCAUCCGGGACUACGGGGUCCUGUGCGCCUGCGUCGGGGACGGCCUCGUGCGGGCCGAGCUGCUGGCCACGGCGCGCGACCGCCUGCCCUUUGGCUUCUACGCCGUGCUGCGGCAGGUGGUGAAGGACCUGCGGGGUGCCGAGCGCCACGAUGCUGGGACGCCGCAUUGGGAUGCCGCCGCCGCUGCUGCCACCGCUUCCACCUCCUCUCCCGGCGACGUGACGCUGAGAGGCCUGGUGGACGUGCUGCUCGCGCUUUUCAAUGGCUUGAGCCGGGAAUUACAAAUGUCUGUACAGAAACUGGAUGACAUGGAGCAUCAGAGACAUGCCGUGGCAUCUCCUUUACCAACAACUGCUGUCACUUUUGAAGAUGCAACAGCACAAAUGCAUUCUUGCAUAGCAAGCGACGAGGCAGAAACGAUUUCAGCUGCAGUUAAAGAGGAGUCCGAACCCAUAUUGACAGCAAGUCUUCGUAAAGCAGAGCUCUUUCAAGAUGCUGUUGCUGAUUUGAAUCAUUCUCUACUGCUUCCACAAGUACAGAAGCAAGGCUCAGUAGACCACUCUGCAAACGAAUCUCUUGGUAAACCUCACUUGGACAUCCACCCCAAAUUCAUCAUCCAGAACGUGACCUCACUUUUGCAUUCCAAACCAAAUCCCACAGACACUCAUCCGUGUCUGUGGCUAAAGCAGGAAGCGAGUAUAACACUCAACGAAGACACAGAGAACGGCUGUCUGUCGGUAAAUGCGGGCCAGAUGCCCUCCGGUGAGGGCACGUCAUACGAGAUUAAAUCGGCAUUACCCAACCACCUAGAAAAGCCUCGGUUGCAAACCUCUCAAGACAAGACGCACAGCUGUGACGUGUGCAAUUGUAGCUUCACCUCGCCUAGCGAGCUCAAAAUCCAUCAGCACGAGCACGUGGGCGAACAAUUGCACCACUGCAGGCUGUGCGGGCGCAAGUUCCUGAAGUCCAGCUACCUGAAGAUCCACUUGCGAGCGCAUACGGGCGAGAAGCCCUACUGCUGCCAGUUUUGCGGGCACAGAUUUUCACGGUACGGAGUGCUGAAGAGCCACCUUCUGACGCACACCGGUGAGAAGCCGUACACCUGCAAGGUGUGCGGCCGCAAGUUCACGCAGCGCUCCAACAUGAGGUCCCAUGAACGGACGCAGCACGGCACGGGGGGGUCAUGAAAAGGCGUUGAGUGAUGGGGUCCUGCACUGUCUAAUUAAUGCAGUGACUUUCAGCGCUGGGUUUUGAGGGGGCUCCCAAAAAUGUAUAUUGUACUGUUAUGUAAUGGUUCAAAUGAAAGUCUGUAGCACUGUGAUAAAUUAUCUCGGUAAUUUGGUAAUUAAAAUUACAAUGACUUUGUAUCGAUACCAAUUAUGUGCCGGCAUUAAUAUAGUUUUGCUCUUUGUAACAUUUAGCUUUACUAUAUAUCACAUAAAAAACAGAACGGAAGUAACCAUGGUUAAUAAGGGUGUCGUUUUUGGCAUCAUAGGGCAUGGGUAGUGGUGGUAAGACAACAGGAAGGAAGGAAUUGAGUAUGCAAAGAGAGGCCCCCAAAACUCUAGGUCCCCAUCAAAACCUAUCUGGCCCUGGUCCCAUGUACGUGGAUUAUUGUCUCAGAAUGUAUAGUGUGUCUUUGAAAUAAUGUGCGCCAGGACUGCAUUUAAAUGGUGAUGUUGUUAGAGGACCGCAAAAAUUUUGGAAAAAGUAAAAAAUCACAUUCUCGAAGCUUAAAAAUCGAACAGCAUGCAAAGCGAUGCUAACUUCUUGUUCACUGCGUAAUCACGCUUAGGGGCCGUCCAUAAAUUACGUCACGCACCUUGGGGGGGGGGGUCAAACAUUUGUGACGAUGU